CCUACGUUCGUGUGCAAGGUGUGCACUGUGCACUGAAAGCGCUUUUAGCAAGGGGAACUUUAGAUUGAGAUUUCAAGGAUCCGAGGACUGUAUUUACUGACGGACCAGGUCAACAACUGUCCAACAAAUUCUUGUACAGGUAGCUAUUACAUACUAUAACAUCGGAAAAGACGAUGUUAUACAUGUUGAAAUUUACGCGAAUUAAUACGACUCUGGGUGAAAAACCAUGUUACUAACCACACAUCGCUAUGCGAAAGCACUGCAGCUCACCCUCGCGGUCAUCAAGCCAGAUGCAGUUGCGCAUCCCGUGAUUAUGGAGGCCCUCCACCAGAAAAUCCUUGAGAACAACUUUGUCAUCGUCCGUUGUCGAGACUUGGUGUGGAGACGACAGGAUUCUGAGAAGUUCUAUGAAGAACAUGCAGGAAGAUUCUUCUACCAAAGACUGGUUGAGUUCAUGUCAAGUGGUCCGAUGAGGGCAUACGUGCUUGCCAGAGAGGAUGCCAUCACUGUCUGGAGGGAGCUCAUGGGCCCCACCAGAGUGUUCCGGGCCCGGUUCACAUCUCCGACCACAAUCAGAGGCCAGUUUGGACUCACAGACACCAGGAACACCAGUCACGGCUCAGAUUCGUUGGAGUCGGCGCAGCGAGAGAUCGCCUUCUUCUUCCCAGAGUUCCGUGUGGAGGAGUGGAUGGAGAAGGAGGAGCCCUCAUUCAGGAGGGGUCUGAUGGAGUACGACCAGCAGAGACACAUCCACACACUACCCGCUCCUCGCUGAGCUCA